AUGCGGAUUUCCAGCACUGAAUCCCGGAAAAAACUCCAAAAUAUUUUAAUUCACUCUUUGAUCACUGAGGACUCAUCAACAUCACUUAUUCGACUUCACAUUUUCGUUUCAGAUUCGUCAGAUACUGUUGAGACUGACAACAUCAGUGAUGAUCAUCAAUUAUUGCAUGAUUUAUCCGAGGAUUUCCGGUUGCCACAUACAUUAUUUCCAUAUUUCUACGAUUUACGGAUUCAAGUGCAUUUGCACGAUAACCAGUCUGAGGAAUUUUUCUUCAAUGGUUCUGUGUCAAUAAAACUAAAAUGUCAAGUAUCGACAACCGAAUUAUUCGUGCAUGCAUACAAUAAUUUGAAAGUGAGCCUUGAUCAAAUCCAUAUGUUUUCCCUCGAUGAUCAAGAUCAAAACAAUUCUACUGUCGAGAUAGAAGACAUAACUUACCACAAAGAUGCAGAGUGUUAUCGAAUACAACUACUAACGCCUUUGCAACCAUACACUCACUACAUCUUGACAUUUGAACAGUUUCGUUCUGAUAUUAAAUUUGGCUCUGCUGGUUUGUUUCUUAGCCGAUAUGUGGAGAAUGGAACUAAUAAAUAUUUAGCAAGUAGUCAAUUCGAAGCAACACUUGCAAGACGUGUAUUUCCAUGUUGGGAUGAGCCAGAAUUCAAGGCACAAUUCAAGGUCAACAUUAUACGCCACGAUACAUUUCAUUCGCUUUCAAACAUGAAUUUGGAAAGGACGGAAGUGUUGCACGAUGAUUGGCGUAUGGACGUUUACAACAUCAGUGUGAUAAUGCCCACAUAUCUAUUGGCGUUUGUAGUCUCACAAUUUUCAAAUAUUCAGAAGACAGACAAUCAAGGAAGAAACUUUACUGUUUGGGCAAGACCAGAAAAAAUUCAGUCAGCUGAAUAUGCACUUGAUAUUGGAAUAAAAUUAUUGGAGUAUUUCGAAGAUUAUUUUGGAAUCCCUUAUUCACUUCCGAAAAUGGAUAUGAUUGCAGUUCCCAACACCUCCGAAGUGGCAAUGGAAAACUGGGGUCUGAUAACUUUCAGUGAACCUUCAAUGUUAUGGAGUCCGAUAGAUGAUUCAUUAGAAUCCCAAAUUUUUGUGUCUUCAGUAGUUUCACAUGAACUUGUUCAUCAGUGGUUCGGAAAUUUAGUAACCAUGAAAUGGUGGGAUAAUUUGUGGUUGAAUGAAGGCUUUGCAACGUUCUUCGAAUAUAUCGGAGUAAAUUCAAUACAUCCUGACUGGAAUAUACUGGAUAAACUAGUGUUCGACGUGCAUCGUGCACUUGGUAUUGACGCUUCUUCGAAAUCACGCCCACUUAUUUAUCAUGCAGUGAGUGAACUUAAUGAACUGGAUGCAGUGAUCAUUUACGAUAAAGGUGCCUCAUUGAUUCAAAUGAUGGAGAUGUUCAUGGGACCCAGAGUGCUUAAAGACGGCCUGAAAAAAUAUUUACUUGAAAACCAAUAUAAGAACACAGAUGAAAAGGACUUAUGGAAAGCAUUAUCCAAAGAAUGGAAAUCCGAAAAUAACCAUCCCGACAUCGAUUUCAUUAUGGAUUCUUGGACCAAGAAAACGAAUUAUCCACUCGUAGUUGUUCAGCGAAAUCAGUCUGAUGUAUUCCAUUUCGAACAGUCACGUUAUCUUCAACUUCAUGAUGUCGAUGCUUCUCCAGCAUAUGAAGAAUACACCUGGAUAAUACCAAUAACUUACGGGUCAGCGAAAACGGUGAACUGGACAGACGUUGAAGUUUUGUGGAUGGUAAACAGUACAAUGAUUCAAACGAUGAACAUUGAUUCGGAUGACUGGUACUUGGUGAAUGUUAAACAAGCAGGAUUUUAUCGAGUUCACUAUGCUGACAACAACUGGUUACGAUUGAUAGAUCAACUGCAAGAGAACUCCAGUGCUAUUCCAGAAUACUCACGCUGGCAAAUCAUGAAUGAUCUAUUCAGCCUUGCAAAUCGUGGCACUGUACCAUAUAUCUAUUUCCUGAAUGCAACAAAGUAUUUGAAACACGAAGAUCAGUUCAUCGUAUGGAAAACAGCAAGCCGAGCAUUACUUUACAUUAACAGUAUGCUUGUUCUAAAUGAGAAUUACGGAGUUUUCCAGGCAUACUUACGGACUCUUCUUGACAGUCAUAUUCAAUCAGUAAGCUGGUCAUCUGUUAACGAAAGUCAAAACCUUGAAAACAUGCUUCUUGACACUACAUUGGCUAGACUCGCCUGCAAAGCAGAACCCCAAGUUUUUGUCGACAAAACUGGAGAACUCUUCCGACUGUGGAUGUCAAAACCAGAAGAAAAUCCGUGA